UUAUUUUAUUUUUGUUUUAGGGACUUUUGAACCAAAAUUUCCAUAUCAGCCCCAUCGUAACCUGACCAUACAAUUUACUUAAAAUUAUUUAAUUAAUUAACUAUUACAUAAAAUUUUUGCUGCCAUAUUGCAAAGCACACCAGCCUCCUCCGAUAGGGGGUUGAUAUUAAUUUUAUAAAUUCUUUAUUGACAGAGAGAUAUUACACAAUGGGUGGCGUUAUUGAAAAAUAGCAAUCUCUUCCUGGCAACUCUUAAUGGAAAAUGAAAUAACUUUAAAGAAACAAAAAAAGGGGAAGAGUGUUAAAGCAAUUGUUAGCGUUACAAUAAUUAUUAACGACGGCAUCACCUAUUAUUAUUAUUAAGAUAAUUAUAAAAUAAAUGUGAAUUAUAUUGGCAUAGUUGAAUCUACGUCGUGCUCGGGACAAGUCUCGUGUUGUUAAUCAAAGCGCUUAAGUGUGGAUUCUGUUCAUUAAAAAAUGGGAGAAGUAAACUGUAAGUAAUUUAUUUAUUUGUUUUAUUUACAAAACUACCGAUAAGACAAACAAGAAUUUUAAAUAUAAUAUUUUAUUAAGUAAAUUAAAAAAUAAAUUCAUACAUAGACAAUAAAAAUUUAAAAAAAACUUUUAAAAAUCUUCCAAUGAAAUAACCGAACGCUCAAUAUAAGUCUUUCGAAGGUAGCUCGACAAUUUUUAAUAAAAAAUCAUUAUUCUGACGAUGCAGACCUGAAAAGGCUGCGAAACGUCAAUAAAUAAAUAAAGUUUCGUGCAUUAACCCGAAAAAACUAGUUUUAUUUAAUGAGUGAUGUGCGUGAAAACCUAAGAAACAAAUAGGAUAAUUUUGUGAAAUUAAUAGCAAGGUGUAAUUACAGUUAACAUUAGUGAAAACAAUACUAUACAAGCUGUGUUGGAAUUCUUUGAAAUCGUACAAAAACUGGGAAUUUUUAUCCAACACAAGUUCUAAGUGUCCCAACAUUAAAUUACCACUAUUAAAAAUUGCUCCUUUCAAUGGAAAUCCACAUCUUUGGUUAACUUUUCGCGACAUGUAUUUAUCUUUGAUACAGAGAAUGAAAACAUUGAUAAUAUUAGUAAAUUUCAUUAUCUUAAGUUAUAUUUUGAUAGGACCGGCUGCUUCGGUGAUUAAUUUUGUCACAGUUUCCUCAGAUAAUUAUACAAUUGCAUGGUCUGUACUUUGCGAUCGGUAUAAUAAUAAGCGUCUUUUGAUAAAUGAGCACAUUAAAUGUUUGUUUUCAAUUCAACAAUUCACUAAGGAAUCCCACGGUGGUAUUCGUAAUUUAAUUGAUAUCUUAUCUAAAAAUUUUAAUGGGUAAGAGCCCUUUCACAUUUUUUGCAAAAAAUCGUAAUUUUUGAGCGCUUCGUUAUCCCCCCUUUUUUGCCUAUUUCCAAUAUAAGUAAACAGUAGAUUUAUUCUUCCUACUGCUAGAAAAAACGAUAAUAUGCACAACUUCAAACACCUGAACCUCUAAAUAAUGUUCAAUAAAUAAGAUCAAAUUAAUUACUACGACAUCAGAAAUAUGUUUUUGUUGUAACAUAAUGUAUUACAAUUUUGAUUGUCCUUCUCAUUAAUUAUCAAAAAAUAAACAUCUAACCUCCGUGAGUUUUUCCAAAAAACAAUGCAGGUUUACCCGUAUUUUCAAAUUGAAUUAAAUAGAAUUACUAUCAAAAACUUUCAUAAAACUAACCUACCAUUAUUGAACUACUAAAAUAUUUUUAUAAUUAGUUCAUUAAUAAUUAUUAUGAAAGACCCGAAACAUCACCCGUAAAAUGCAAUAUUACUAGUGCAAAUCUACCUAAGCGCUGAUCAGUACGGCAGCGGCGCAAUUUUGUAAAAGGGCUCUAAAAAUUCACUAGGCGAACCGACUGACAAAUGGGAUACGCUUAUUAUCUAUAUGACCUCAGGAAAGUUGGACAGUGUGACUUCUAGAACAUGGGAGGAAUGUAGGAGUAAUAAGGAUUCUCCCGUAUUGGAGGAUUUUUAUUGUUUUCUUCGUUAACGAGCUACUGUUUUAGAAACUGUAAAUGCUAGCAAACUUUCAAUUAAUAAACAUGAAAAAUUCGGCACAGUCCUCCUAACGUGUCAUCUUUUGUUGGCUCUGCUGUUGCUCCUUCAUCCCCACUCAGACUUUGUCCCAUCUGUAAACAAAAUCACAAAUUAUAUGAGUGUACUGAACGACAUUAAAUACCCUAGAUACAACAUCACGAACAAAAUUGUAGCCGAAACCUGUCCAAAAGGUACAUUGGAUGACGACACGGAGACCCGUAAGAUAAUCGCGUAGUCAAACCAAUAGUAGGCAUUAUUUAAAUAUUGAAUCACCUUUCAGAGGUCCGUUGGCGGUGGACCUCUGAAGUCUGAAUCUUGCGUUUCAUACACAAUUUAAAAAACAAAAAACCUAAAUUUGUUUAAACCAUCGGUUCGCAAAUCUACGGCGGGAAACCAUGUACUGAAAAGAACCGGCAAGAAACUCAGCAAGGGCUGUUUUUUCUCCCUGUAUUAUCUUAUCAGAGUGAAAAUUAAUAAUUUAAACUACAGUAUUUACCUUGGUCUUGUAAUUGAACUUAACGAAGUCAUUUAAAUAGGUAAAAAAUACGACAAAGUAUAUAAUGUUUUAUGUUUUUUUUAUUAAUGUUAAUUUUGUUUUUCUAUGUCCAGCAGUGGACGAGCAUGGGUCGAUGAUGAUAUAAUGUUUUUGUUUAUGACAAACCUUAUAAUUAAUCUGCAAUCCUUCUUUGCGAAGCUUUCCCAUUGGAGCAUUUAUAAAACGCAUUACAUACUUCUAGAGAGGUAGAAGAUUAUCAUCAGAUUUAUUUCCACACAAAAAAUCGAUGGUAGUACAUACUUCUGACAUUUAAUUUUGCUGCAUUCUCGUUGUUAUUGGCAUCUUUACUCUGUUUUUGUGAGCAUCCGUUAGCAGAUAUUAGGUACUCUUUUGUAAAAAAAAAUCGGACUAUAGGGGGUCUCAGGCAGUACUCUAUAAUCCGACAAAUUCGAUAGUUCGACACUGCCCUGCAAAAUGUUUGUCGGAAACUCACAUUUCUGAAGGGUGACAAAAUUAAUAAUUAAAGCUCAGCCACAUUAUCCUCUCUAAAUUUUUCUUAUUGCUAAAGUUUUUUUUUUCUUUGUUGUUUAAAACAUAAAAUUUCCUCAAUGAAACUAAACAUAUAUUUUUAUAUGCAAAUAGGGUGAAAUAACACGCCUAUAAAUGCUUGCACUCUAAGUAAUACUUGCGUCGAAGCCUACCCGGGCUAGUAAUAGUAGAAAGGACGGAAAACAGGGUAGAAAAUGGGGUCAGGGUUGGCUACCUUAACACCAUUUCCUAUCCCGUGGAGCCUGGAACCUUAACCAUAUUUAUUUGAAGUCCACUUGACUUUGACCUGAUUUAUCAAUAUUAUCCUAUCCCGGUUAAAUAUUUUGGAUAAACUGAUGAAAAAAGUCUAACCUUGGUGUCAGAUUCAAAUUUAUAUCGUUGAGAGCAAUAAAAUUGAGUGUGAACACCUUGUUCACACAUCUAGAAAGCACCACAAAUGUCGGGAUGAGGCACGACAUCAGAUAUACCUUCGGGGAAUAUUGUUCGCUGUGGAUGCUUUGAAAACUCAAAUGGUCCAACAGUACCCUUAGUACAAGUUUUACAAUUACGAAAACUAUGAUAGUUUUCGUGAGCUCGCACUCGUACUUAGGGUACUGAUUUUAUUGUUUUCGUUUCAAUACAAAUAAACGUUGUUAAAAUUCUAUCAUUAAAUCAUUUGCGUCUUCUUACAUUUUAAGUAUCUUUGAUUACUUUUCACCAAAAUGGAAAUAGAAACAUAAUUUACUCAAACUCGUACUAAGGGUACGAGUUCUAUCUCAGUACGAGUACUGUUCGAUCUCAUUGAUAAGUCAAAUAUCGAAGACUUAUACAAUAUAUUUGUUGAUAAAAAAUAGAUGGUGAAAAUAUUGUGGUUCUUCUUCUAACCUAACCUAACCUACGUUUCACAAAUAAAAUUCUGAUUCUGUAGUUUCAGACGAAUCUGUAAUAAAAAAAAUACGUGUGGCACUCGGGGACUGCCGCUGUUAAGCUAUUGCAUAGCAUUAUUUAUCAACUUAUGCAAUUAUAAUUAUUUAUGUAUUUUAUUUAUGCAGUAUUUUUUUUUCUUUGAUAUUAGUAGAUGGCGAGGCAGGCCCUUAUGAUAUUUUAUUGGGUAAGCACAGCAAACAACAGCAUUGCCCGGCGCCAAAAAAAUUUCCACUAGCUCUACAGUUUACCAUGUUUAGUCUAAAAUUUUAAAUUAUAAUUAUUAAGUCUAAAUAAAAGGGAGACAAAUAAAAAUACGAAAAGGUGCUGGGGUCUAAAAAAAUAUAAUAAAAAAUACGAGUGCGGGUUUUGAACCGACGACCGCGAUGGUGCGUCGAACAUUGGUCAAGUGGCAAAAAUUUAACACACUGCGCCGUUUAGAUCGAUACUAGAAAGGCAAAAAUUGUGUUCAUAUGCACUCUUGUCAGGUUAUUUUCGUUACGGAAUUUCUUGAUUCGGUCGCCGCGCUCAAAGCCCGCGAUAAAAUCUAUACAAUAGCUUAAAAAUUUCUCUGUUUAUGCUACUGUUAGCUUCGGAACAAAUUUUGAUAAAAAUUUAGAAUUGCAAUUCAUUUAUUCAGUCUAGUCCAAGGUUGGGCCAACUAUUUGUAUGUAUCCACGUCUGUUCCGAAUAAAUGUUUUUCAUUUCAUUUCAUUUUUCAUUUCAUUUCAUUUCCUUAUCGUGCCAAUAUUUACUAUCAGAACCCACGGCGCCGCGGCGUCGUAACCGUAUAUAAUUCUAUCAAUGAUCAAAUUGAUCAAGCAGCACGAUGCAAUGGUGCAGGUGAUAAGCGCGUUCGGUUGCGAUCGUUGAAGUUAAGCAACUUUCGCAGUGGUCGGUCAUUCGAUGGGUGACCAAAAAUCCUCAUAUUCCUCCGUGCUGCGGAAAGCACGUUGAGCCGUUGGUCCCGACUGCAUCUGUAGACAGUAGCACCCGCCAAUCUGCACUGGGCCCGCGUGGUGAGUCAUGGCCCAAUCUCUCUAUUCCAUCCAUAGGGAAGGCCCUUGAAGGAGCGGGGUCCUCUUCUACAGGUAUUAUUUAACUUACAAGUGGGCCUCCAUAAGGAAAAUUGUAACUUUCACAUAGUUAAAGAAAUAAAUUAAUAACAUUUUUUUCCGUGCCCCUUGUUAAGGCGCUGUCCCACGAUCUGUGUUGUCACGGGCGAGGCCGCGCCGCGCAGUGUUGCCAAACGUAUGAAAAUGCUAAAGUUUGAUAUUUAGAAGUAUCUAUACAUGAUACGCGGUGAUGAUACGAUGAUACGAAUAAGGAUGCAUUUAGUGAUGGCAUAAUGAAUCUGUACUUACUGAGACGAUCCUUUGUGGACUGGACAUUUAUUUACUUUCUUAUAAUAUUUUUGGGGGACAGAGAGAGAGAGAUUUUUUAUUAACUACAUAUUUGAGACUAGUGUUAUAAAAAGAAAAAAAACACAUUUACUUGAAUAUAAAAAAAAACUAAAUUAGAAAAUAACUUAAAACUGUACCAUGCUCCAGCAUGAUGCUGUUGCCACACGCUAAAACUAAGGCCCGUAUUACAGAAUAACAACUAAGUGUUGUACUUUACUUGAGUAUAGUUAGAAAGGGAUGUCGCUAUGUGCUAUAUAUAGCGACAUCCCUUUCUAACUAUGCUCAAGACUACAUCAAUCACUGAAAAUCUUUCUAUAAUACGGGCCUAAGUGAGUGACAACAACGCUGGUAUUCUGGCCAAUUUUCGUUUGUGCACAUGAUACAAACAGUCAACAUUGUUCAAAUAUUAUAUCAAAAUGUACGAUAUAUCUAUUUACCUUGUAUCAUGUUAAGAUACUGCUAAAUCUCGAACGUUAGAGUUCUCAUAUGUUUGGCAACCAUGCGCGGCGCGGCCUCGCCCGCUACAACACAUAUCGUGGGACAGCACCUUUACACUUGCCCCUCGCAUGACCCUGGCUACUCUUUAAAACUAAUUUAGGGAAAGUCCCUCGAGUGUUCAUUGCAGAGUUCUUAGAACUUGUGAUAAUAGCUUUGAGCACAAUCAACAAUUAUCUUACUAUCUUAUCAACAUAAUAAAAAUAUUCUAAACAAUCAUUAUUUGCUGCAAACAAAAUGUGUGUUUCAUGUAAAAUUCAUUAUCAUCAUCAUCAUCAUCAGCCUAUUAAUGUCCCCACUGCUGAGGCACAGGCCUUCCCUAUGAAUGGAAUAGGGAGAUUGGGCCAUGACCCACCACGCGGGCCCAGUGCGGAUUGGUGGGUGUUUACGACUGCAGAUGCAGCCGGGACCAACGGCUUAACGUGCCUUCCGAAGCACGGAGGAGCUCGAGAUAGUAAAUUUUUGGUCACCCAUCCAAUGACCGACCACUGCGAAAGUUGCUUAACUGCAACGAUCGCAGCUGAACGCGCUAACCACUUGCACCAUCGAGCUCCUCGAGCAUGUAAUAUUAGUAGGUACUUUAUCAUUAUUCAUGGGUUUACUGUCCUUAAAAAGGUCCUAAAAAAAUUAGAAGGUUCAUCAAUUCAUCGCAUUUUUAUGUUUGUUCCUUGAAUACUCGAAGAUGUGCACUGCACCACUAAGGAAAGUUUUUCUUGUUUGAUCAUAGGGUGAAGAUCGACUGAUGGGAUCCUUGAGAAAUGGAGAAAAAUCUUCGACAAUUGUAGACGUGUGUGUAUAUUAGUGUGGGGGAGUUCAAUGGCGCGGGUCGUUGGCGCGUUCGGCUGCGAUCGUUGGAGUUAAGCAACUUUCGCAGUGGUCGGUCAUUGGAUGGGUGACCAAAAAUCUACUAACUCGAGUUCCUCCGUGCUUCAGGAGGCACGUUAAGCCGUUGGUCCCGGCUGCAUCUGCAGUCGUUGGGACCCGCCAAUCCGCACUGGGCCCGCGUGGUAGGUCAUGGCCCAAUCUCCCUUUUCCAUUCAUAGGGAAGACCUGUGCUCCAGCAGUGGGGACAUUAAUAGGCUUUUUAAAAAAAUCUCUGCUCUUUAUUUAUAACGGCAACAGAUAGACGCUUUGAAAUAAUUGAAAUAAAAUAAUUAUUUUCCCAAACAACAAUUGCACAAAUCCUUAUCUGUGCUCUAAAUUUUCCGGUUAAGGUUUAUGGACAUCUAAUCUAUCAAAAGAUAUGAGCUCAAUUAUAAGAAAUACACUGAUAAGUUUGCCUACCACAAAAAUUAUGUAUAUUCUUUAAAAAUUUUAAAAUAUUAGGUCACAUAUAUUGCGGAGCAGCAAUCGUGAACAUACGAGUAUACAAAUUUUGCAAUUUUUUUUUUGCGAUAGCAAUUUUCAGCACAUGUUGUUCCAGUGAUGAGUAAAACUUUGUUGCUAUGGCACUUAAUGUUUGUGGGAGCAAUAUCAGCGGGCAUACCCACAAAUGAUUGCCCGACGAAUAGCGAAUAUCUUCUGCCCCAUGAGACAAACUGCAGCCUGUAUUACCAGUGUGAUCACGGUAGAAAGAUCUUAAAAAACUGCAUGCCCGAGAAAGCCUUCGAUUCCAAGCUACAGGAAUGUGUCACUGUAGCUUCCGGUGGGUGCACUGUAGAUGUUGGCAACGACGAGGCUCGCUUUUGGAGUCCGACAAGUACAUACGUAACUACACCAACCACACCUGAUGGAUCAGAAGACUCUACCACGACCAAUUCAUCAGUAGCCCAGCCUAACUGUUCUCAUGGAUUCGUUGGUUUCAUCCCACAUCCGAAUCUUUGUGAUUCAUUCUACUUGUGCUGGGCAGGAAAGCUUAAACAUUUUUUCUGUGAACCUGGCUACGAGUUUGAUCUCGAAAGAGCAACAUGUAUCCUGAUAGCCCCUGGUGGAUGUACUCUUGGUGGUACUACUGCUGCAACUGAUGUACCAACAACUCCAGGUCCAACUACAACCGAAGAUUUCACUACAGCUUCGCCCAUAUGCCCUCCGGGAUCCAUUACCAAUAUUCCUCACCCGCUGAUGUGUGAUGCAUACUUUUGGUGUUUCCUAGGAACGCCCUCAUUACAGUUAUGUGCAGUCGGAUUUGAGUUUGAUCCCGCCCGAGCAACAUGUGUCCGAAUAGCCCCUGGUGGAUGCACUCUUGGACAAGCAACGACAGUUGGUAUAGAAGAACCAACUAUUAUGACAACUGGUUCAACUACAACUGAAAAUUUUGAAACGACAACAUUACCGACCACUACUGAUCCGCCCAUAUGCCCUCCGGGAUUCAAUGGCAAUGUUCCCCACCCGCAGAGAUGUGAUGCAUACUUCAUAUGUAAUUGGUGGGGAAUAGCUUCAAAAGUGAUUUGCUCAGUCGGAUUUGAAUUUCAUCCCGGACGAGAAACAUGUGUCCGGAUAGCCCCUGGUGGAUGCACUCUUGGUUUUACUACUUUUACAACUGAUAUACCAUCAACACCAGGUUUAGCUACAACUGAAAAUAUUGAAACGACAACUCCGUCCAUAUGCCCUCCGGGAUUCAAUGGCAAUGUUCCCCACCCGCAGAGAUGUGAUGCAUACUUCAUAUGUAAUUGGUGGGGAAUAGCUUCAAAAGUGCAUUGCUCAGUCGGAUUUGAAUUUCAUCCCGGUCGAGGAACAUGUGUCCGGAUAGCCCCUGGUGGAUGCACUCUUGGUUUUACUACUUUUACAACUGAUAUACCAUCAACACCAGGUUUCUCUACGUCGGGAGGAAUGGAAGGAACAAUAGUGCCGAGCAGCACAUCAGCACCACCAGCUCCGUUCUGUGCUACGGGGUUCAUGGGCACAGUUCCACAUCCAAACUUGUGCAACUCAUUCUUUAUGUGUUUGGGGUCUACCUCUAUACAAAUGUACUGCACAUUGGGCCACGAGUAUAAUGUCCAACUGAGAACAUGCGUUCAACUAGCACCUGGUGGUUGUACUCUUGGAAACAUCACCACUGAGUCUCCUUGGAUUACGACAACAUGGCGAAAUAUACCUGAGGCUGUAAAUGAAACUGAAUAAAUUAUCAUUAAUUAUAAAUAAAGGCUCCUUUGAAUUGAUGUCUUUUUUUCAAUACAAAUUGUUUACAA